GGGACAAAACUGCGCUGUAUGGAGCCCACAAACGUAAGAAAGUCCUCCGAUAUUAGUUAAUGCAAGUUCUUCAUUUCAUGGCUUCUCCUGGUCGCCUCUGCACAUGCAGACUAAUACCAAUUGCUUCUUUGAGCAUUUUUGCUGAAAUUUUGAGAUUUUAGGAUCUUGGAGGUAAUGUAAAAUGGAAAAUGCUUUCUUGGAACUAUAUGAAGAAGUUAGAAAGCUGAAAAUGAUAUGCUCAAAACAGGCUGACCUUCUGCAAGAGUUGCUCUCAAAAAAAGACCAUGUUACAGAGAUGCCUGUUUCAAAACCAAUCCAAUGCACUGACACAGGGGACGAUGUAUGCUCUGAAAGUCCAUUCUUUAGGCUGAAAGGUAAAGAAGACCAAUGUGUCGAAGCAAUCAAGACCCAGGCCGAUGAUGUGCCAGUGCCCUUAGAAACUGAAGAAAAUCCCAGUCUGCUAUUGGACAUAGAUGUCCGGUUCCCCCCAUGUGAGGACCAAUAUAAUUUCCUGGCCAGUGUGCCUGAUAAAGAAGAGACUGCUGUUGGUUUGCCGUGUGCAGAGAUCACCACGGAUGAAAGCAAAGUCAAUUCAAACUAUGCUUUGUUUAUCAAAAACGACACUCCUAAAUUUUUGAAUAUGGAUAACGAUGGGAGUAAAAUAACCCCUGCAGGAGUAUAUCUUGACUUUCUUACUCCGAUUAAUAUAGAACAUAAUUUUAGUUUAUCAAAUAUUUAUCAAGAAGAUAUACGUUUCCUGCAGUCAACAGACAUAUCGUUUGAAGCACUUUUGGAACCACAUAAGAACUUUAAUGAAGUUAAAGGACCGGCUCAGUCUUCAUGGAGUCCAGGCUGUCUGUCAGAGGAUUUUCCUUGUAGCCAACAUGUCGAUGUCAACUCAGAUGUUGGACUGAGUUCUCAGAUAUGUGAGUUCUGCCAUGCAGUAUUUCCAGCAGGAGCAGCGACUGGAGGAGAGUUUCUUGGACACCUCGCUGGGCACAUGGAGUGAACGUCAUCCUCAGGCCAUUUAUUUAGAACAUUUAUGAAGUUGGCCUAUCAUACAGUAGAAAUGAAAAAUCGAGAUAUUAGCAAAUAUCUGUCUCAGUUUUGCACCUUCAUGUAACCUUCAUUACUUGGUUUUUAAAUCACAUCCUGCAACUGUUUAUGAAUACAUUAGUAAACCUGUUUGGUUUAUUGAAAUGUUCUUCAAAUGCUGGUCCAUUAGACAUGCGUGUAUUAGUGAAAAUAUAUACAAAUACAUCUGAUAAUAGGAUGAAAUAAUAGGACUGUACAGAAAGAUAAUGUAUGUAAAAGCUAUGGACACUUUUGGGCUAAAUUUUAUUCCAUUGGCUGUAUUAUGGGAU